UCUCUCUCUCCCUCUCUCUCUCUCCGGUGCAGUCGUGCGUCCCGCGGCUCCCUGACUCGUCGGUCGGUGCCAGCACUUUCCCGUUGGACGCAGCGCACUGAGAGCGCACUACAGCUUCUCCUUUUUCUUUUUUUUGAAAGAAGCUCUUUGCCAAAAGUUUCUGUUUGCACAUUUUUUCUCGGACUUGAACGAAUGAUGAAAAUGACCUGAGAGACAUAGUAUAAACACCAGCUCUGGUUGUUAAGGGGGCGCGGGGGCGGCUGAACGCCGGCGCAGUGUGCGUAAUACUCCGGGGAGCAGGUGGAUGGAGAGGCUGGCGGGAUGCAGCGUUCCAGCAGAUCAGCGCCGCUCCGGAGCGGUUGGACACUUCAAUUCUCAGCCGAGGGACACCUUACCACGAUGGACUUGAUAUGAAGAAGAAGUUUUCACAUUUUAAUCUAAAAAUGGAUCUUGCUCUUUUUCGGUUUCUCUACAGCUGGGAUGUGACACUUGUGGUUCGUCGGUAAGGAGAAUCCCCAGUCGUCCCGAUCCCCAGAGCCCCAAAUCCCUACACCCUAAAGUCUCAAAUUCCUAUUACCCUAGACUAAUCUUCUAGUUUGUCCCUUUACUGUCUAACAUCCAACCCAAUAAUAUCUACUUUUUUCACAAAUCCUUUAUGCUAGCACCUUUACCUUUUGCCAUUUGUAGAAACCUUUAGCCCUUUGAUAGCCUGAACCUCUCCCAGCCAUCAUGGCCUUGGAUCAGUGGCCCUUUCUCCCGACGUCCCCCAACAUCUCCAUCCCCGAGCCCCUCCUGUACGACAGCUACCUCCAGGGGAACGAGUCCGACCUGGAUCUGAACUUCACUGAGACCAGGGAGCGACACCAGGACAAGACCAGCUCAGUGGUAAUCACCUUCAUCUACUUCAUAGUCUGCUCCGUGGGGCUGUGCGGCAACGCGCUGGUCAUAUACGUCAUCCUGCGCUACGCCAAAAUGAAGACGGUGACCAACAUCUACAUCCUGAACCUGGCCGUGGCGGAUGUUCUGUUCAUGAUGAGCCUGCCGUUCAUCGCCCUGCAGCUGGCUCUGGUCCACUGGCCCUUUGGAGAGGUGCUGUGCAGGGUGAUCAUGACUGUUGACUCUCUCAAUCAGUUCACCAGCAUCUUCUGUCUGAUGGUGAUGAGCAUCGAUCGGUACUUGGCUGUGGUCCACCCUAUUAAGUCCACAAAAUGGCGGAAACCGCGUGUGGCCAAGCUCAUUAACCUGACGGUAUGGGGUGUGUCCCUGUUAGUCAUCCUACCUGCUAUGAUCUUCAGCGGCCUUGAUAAGGUGCCAGUGUGUGGGAUCAUGUGGCCGGAGCCCCAGGACGUCUAUUCCACAGCCUUCAUAGUCUACACCUUCUUAAUCGGAUUCUUUCUGCCACUGUCAGUCAUAUGUAUGUGCUACCUGCUCAUAAUAGUCAAGGUCAAGUCAUCUGGCAUGCGGGUGGGUUCCACCAAGCGCAAGCGUUCUGAGCGUAAGGUGACAAGGAUGGUGUCCAUCGUGGUGGCAGUGUUCGUCCUCUGUUGGCUGCCUUUCUUCAUUUUCAAUGUCGCCUCCGUCACCGGCUCCAUCAAGCCCACCUCCGCCGUGAAGAGCGCCUUCGACUUUGUAGUGGUGCUGGGAUACGCCAACAGCUGCGCCAACCCCAUCCUGUACGCCUUCCUGUCGGACAACUUCAAGAAGAGCUUUCAGAACGUCCUGUGUCUGAAAAAGGUGGCAGGACUGGACGAGAUAGAGCGGAGUGACAGCAGGGCGGACAGGAGCAGGAUGGUUAAUGAUGCCGCCAUCAUCAACGCCAAUUUGGAGACCCACAAUGCUGCCCUGCUCAAUGGGGAGCUGCAGACCAGCAUCUGAGGAGGAGCCAGUAACCUCCAGGGAGGCUGGAGAGCAGUGGGACUGGGAGAUUCCAGGCUGAUGAGCUGCCAGUACGCUGCCAUUGACCCCUGUUCAAAGAUGCAGGGGCAGGAGGAGGAUGUUAUAGCUGCUGCUCAUAGACAUUGACACAUGAACAAAGUCUAAGUGAAAAAUAAACAAUUUUGUAAGGGGUUUUCAGAGGUCAGGGAAAGUACAUUGACUUCUGCUCAAAACUCUUGAUAUUUGAGUUAAUGAGGCAACUUGAGCUGGUUUACCCUGAGGCAGAGCAAAAUGUAUCUUGACUGGAGUGAUUUUCCGUACGGAAGAGACAAGUGAUGUUGAAAUCAUUCACAAGUAAGAUGGCUGCUCAUGCUUUCCAUUUUAAGGUUCCUAUUGAGUUGUCAGAAGUCAUGCAGACUGAACCAAAAUCGAAACAAGACGCAGAAUGCAGGAGAAUGGACUGCUGCGGAUCCACUGGAGAAAUACUGGGGCUUGUUCACCCAUAGUGGAGAGAGAUUUGAUGGGAUUGGGCACCAGCCAUGCUCUCUUUGAUGGAGUGUUUUCAGUGCUAUAAAGGGGUCGGCAUUGAUUUCUCUAAAUAUGGAAAUACUGCUGAAGAAGUCAGCCGAACAUUUCAGUGGAAAACAGCCAGCACUGUAAUUCUAUAGAGACUAUGAAAGAUAAAAACCAUAAGCCAAAGGAGAAAAUGGUCAUGUUUAAAAACAUAGAAGAUGAUUGCCUGGUUUUACAUGUCAACAUGUCAACAAAAUUUCAAAGCCCUCCCAACACGACAUCUUAUUUACUACGAAUGAAGGAGGUCGUUUUUUCUGCUUUUUCCGAGCUGCAUUGAUCCGUAAAUCUCAAACUGAACCUCCUGGAUUAUUGAUUGGGUAGAAAGAUGGGAAAACAUCUUGCCGACCGGUCUGACCUUGCUCCCUUUAAAACAGCUUCAACUUGUAUAUACAAAAUGGUUUUCAGUCAACCUGGGGAAAUGUUCCUGACAUGGACGACCAAAGUCAGAACCCAAAUACAUUUCAAAGGCAUUCCCUUCUGUAUAAUUCUGUACCAUUUGUACUUUACUCUUCACUGUAUCCCAGUCUUAACAACAGUUGCUCCCUCUGCCAGCGGUGCUGUUGUAAAGAGCCCAUUUCUCUGUGUAAAUUGCUGUGUUUUGACAAAGUAAGAUUUCCUCCUGAGUUCAUGUUGAGAGGUGGCCACAGCCCUCAGAUUCACAUUUUGUUCAGACAGCGUGUUCUUACAAAAUUGCUUCAAUUUCACAGACGGCAGAAAGUGUCAAAGAUGGUGAGAGAGACGGUGGAUAAGGACAUACAUAGAGCGGGGGGUAGAAAGAAAUAACUGUGUAUAUUUAGUUUUUAAUGAGGUUACAACAGAUAAAGAUUGCAGUGCUUUAAUGUGCUUCAGCCUUCAGUAUCUACACAUGCUCAUCACAAAGUACAUUACCACCAAGGCGACUAACUGUUGAAAGUGUAUUCUCACGUAUGUGUAUAAAAACUACCACAAACCGCUUAAGUGCCCUUGACAGAAGGCAUCUCUCAGUGGCACUCAUUAAACCAGAUGAAUACUGAAAACAUUAAGCAGCAGCAGCAGCUAUAUAUAUAUAUAUAUAUAUAUAUAUAUAUAUAUGGGCUUACAACUGCACUAUAUGCUCUUAAUAAUAAGUGGCUGAGAGACACAAGAGUGUCAGGAUGCCGGAUUGAUUAAUGGAAUAAUCAGUCUGUCAGUGGAAUGUUAGCAGCUUGGACUAGAUGGGCUUUCAUCCAUUUAAACUUAAUAGUUUCUUAAUUCAUAAAGAAACAAAACAGUGUUCACAGUCUUCAAACAACUGUGGUUUCAUUUUAGUGUAGAUCAGGGAUGGGCAACUUAAAUGUUGGAGGGGGCCACAUUUUUUCAUGGACACUACCACAGGGCCACAUAUAGGUCAGUGCUUAACCAGACAUGAUGAAACUGCAAUUUUAAAUAUGUUUACAGUGCAGUAACUUAAUAUAUUUAAUGCUCAAAUGCAUGUAUAACAGCAUAAAUAGGAAUACAAAGGGGUUGAAGCAAAUAAAAAAUAAUAACUGUGAUUUCUUUUUUUUCAGUGCAAAGAACAGCAGACCAACAUUAAUUGCAAGAAGUCAUUUUGUGCAUUUUUACACUGCACUUUUACAAUUUCAUGCUCAAAUGCAUGUAGUUGUACUAAAGGGCCACUUCAAGUGAGGGUGCGGGCCGUAUGUGGCCCCCGGGCCUCCAGUUGCCCAUCUCUGGUUUAGAGCAUCAGGUUGAAUUUACAGACACCCUAUUAGUCACUGGUCAGAAUUUAAAUGUAUAUAGACCCUUUUACAGUCGAAAUCUUCCCCAAAUGCAUGGUUAUUGUAAAUCCAGUUGUAAGAAUUGAUACUACAACAAGAUUCAAGUUCUACAGAAUUUAAACAGAAUCACAAUGUUUCAGAACAACUGGUGUUUUGGUUUGUUUGAGCGACCAUGUUAACUGGUGACUUUCACCUGAAUUAGUCCGAGGUUGCUCACAGUAACUUCCCUAAAUGGUUGGUGUAGAUAAUAAACAUAACACAAAUGCAAAUUUAAAACCGAUUAAAGUGGACAUUAAGGGUUUUUUUAGACACCUACAUGUUUUGUUCUGCUGAGUCACAAGUGAACAUGGUCACUCAUGUCUAUGGCUGACUGACAUGUUGCCUACCACUGGACUGAGGACCCAAUCAAAAAUGCUUGUGUUUGUAAUGCUAAUUUCAAAUCUCAAAAUCUCAUGGAAUUUGACAUUCUGUACAUGACCACAAAUAAAGCAGUUCUAAGCAUUUCUUAACUUUUAUAAUCAUAUUUUUUUUUAACUAGUUACAUGUUAUUUUUCGCCUGGCAACCAAGCUAAGCAUUUGGCAUGAGCAUCCUUAUUUAUGUCAUCAUUUUUAGAAAUUGUAAAAGGGUCUAUUGUACAGACUGUAACAGCUCCAAUAAAGAUAUUGUUAUCAACCUGUAACCUCAACUACCACAAAUUGACAUUUAUACAUAUUUUUAACCCUUUGAUGCACAACAUAUAAACAACUUCUAAUUCACAAUAUGGGUCAAAAAUGACCUUGUGCAUUAGAAACAUAGUCAUACAAAAAGUGAUACACUGAAUUAACAAUUUGAGUAUAUGUGUAACUAUGUCUUAUUUUUAAGGUUUAAUUUUAAAAGAGUUGUUAGAACCACCAGAUUACAUUGGAAAAUCACAUAUUUAACAUUUUAGACUUAUUAGAUCCACCAAAUAAUAAUUUCCAUUGGAAAAACACCAAUUUAACAAAAUAGGAUAGUUAAUAUUUGUGUCUUCUUUGUCAGAUUUUAAAUUAGUGAUUGGUGAAUUGAUGACAACAUGGGUCAAAAAUGACCUCGUGCAUUAGAACAUAGUGAUAAAAAGGGUUGUUAUUCAAAAAGUAAGAAAUGAAAAAAAAUGAGGAUGUAUGUUGAUCAAAAACAAGUUAUUUGAGAAAAACCUGCAAUACUGAAUGAUGAAAUUAAUUUAUUGCAAAGAUAUAGAAUAUAAAAACUCACUUGGGUCACUUUAGACCAUGUUGUGCAUCAAAGGGUUAAAUUAGCUAGCUGGUUAUUAGCUAGCAGAUUGCUUCAUUGGGCUAACUUGACUAAGCUCCAGCUUCCUACUAGAGCAAGAGACAGAAGAGCUACAUAAAGAAGCCUUGUCACAAUAAUGCAUGUGGAAACCUUAUCACUCCAUUAAUGCUGACUCAGUGAGCCUUCACCCACAGCAGACAUCUACUUCCGUUUUAGUUAUCAGGCUCUUUGUGCACAGUGACGUUUUCAACGGACCUCCAUGAUGGAGCUACACCUGGUUGCCAGGAGAUUUGUCAAACAACUGAGGAGCCUCUAUAGGAAUAAGGUCAUCCACCAUAUGGUGUGGUGUCAGAUUCAUUUGGUCCCAGUAUAUCGGUCAAGUUAGAAGCCAUCAAUCAGUCCAAUCGAAAGAGAUGAGAAGUCAGACAGCACUUGUCCCGGGAGGUUACUGCAGAAAAUCAUUUUUCAUGGCAAUCUGUCUCUGCUGUCACUGCUGCUGGUUGUGGAACACAUAGCAACACAAACUGACUCACAUUUGUAUGCAUGCGUUGGUAACACUUUACAAUAACCAUCUAGGUAAUGCUUAUAGAUGGUUUAUAAGCCAAUUAUUAACCAUUUACAAAGUGCUAUACAUAUUUAACCUUUAAAACAGGGGUCUCAAACUCGCGGGCCAAUUGCGGCCCUCGUGACAAUAUUUUGUGGCCCCGAACUUGAUAUGAAAGUUUAAUGUGAGUUUUUUAUGAAUGGCACUUUACCGUGUUGUGUGUGGAAGGUCCCUUUAUACUUUUUUUUUGUAAUUUUGGUUUUUGUUAAAUAAUUUUGUGUCUUUUUUGGUAAUUAUCUGUCUUUUUUGGUCAUU